AUGUCGUCCAAAUCAUUGGAAAAAUAUAAAAAAUUACUUGCAAAGGACCCGCAACUCGAUGACAUAUAUGUAAUUAUUGAUGUUAAAUGGUUAGAACAUUGGAAACGUUUUGUUGGUAUCGAAAAAUCAGAUGAAGAAAAAGUCACUGAACCAGGUCCAAUAGAUUUUACAAAAUUAGUUGAUUCAGCAACGAUCGAUAAUGCAAAUGAAAUACAACUUCGUUCAGAUGCUGUCGAGAAUAAUGAUUUUACCUUCAUUCCGUAUGAACUCUAUAAAGACUUAGUAAAGACAUAUGAUAAAAGAGGUCCUGAAAUAAUUCGUAAAGCAAUUUCACAAGGUGAAUAUCAAAUUGUAAUUGAAACAUUUCUUGUACCAUUACGACUUCGUGAAUCAAAAUUUUCCCAUGCUAAAAUAAAGCAAAUCUAUCGUAGUCGUCGAACCAAAAUAGAAGACAUAAAAAAAGAAAUUUGUAAAGAAUUUCAUCUUUCAUCAAGUUCAAACCAUCGUUUAUAUUCAUCAAAGGAUGAAAACUGUGUGGAUUGGGAACCCAUUGAUGACAAAUCAAAUUUAACUCUUGAAGAUAUUGUUUUAACAAAAAAUGCAUUUAUCAUAUAUGAAUCCCGGUCAUUAGCAAUGCAAAAUUCUUCUUCAUCUUCUGCAUCAAACCAAAACUACACUCUCGGAUCAUCCUUAUAUUCUUUAUCGAAAACAUAUUACACUCGCGGACUAUGUGGUUUAUCAAAUUUGGGUAACACAUGUUUUAUGAAUUCAGCUUUACAAUGUUUAUCAAAUGUUCCAGCAUUGACAGACUAUUUUCUUCAUGAUGAAUAUAGAAAACAUAUAAAUCGUGAUAAUCCAUUAGGUAUGAAAGGUGAUGUUGCUCUAGCAUAUGGUGAAUUAAUACACGAAAUGUGGUCUGGCACGGGCAAUUAUUGUGCUCCAUCAUCUUUAAAAAAAAAUGUUGCACGUUAUGCACCACAAUUUAGUGGUUUUGCACAACAAGAUUCACAAGAAUUUAUGUCAUUUUUACUUGAUGGUUUACAUGAAGAUUUAAAUCUUGUCAAACAAAAACCAUAUGUAGAAAAAACAGAUGAUGAUGGUAAAGCUGAUGAUGCAACAUUAGCUGCUGAACAAUGGGAUUAUUAUCGAAAACGAAAUCAAUCAAGAAUUCAUGAUAUAUUCCAUGGACAAAUCAAAUCUAUUGUACGUUGUCUUACGUGUGAUACAGCAGCACGUACAUUUGAUCCAAUCUGUUUUCUCAGUUUACCAUUACCAGGCAAAGGAAAAAUACGAACAUUUAAGAUCACCUAUGUCCGUUUAAAUGGACAAAUAAAAUCUUAUGAUAUUAAAUGCGAUGAACAUGGUCGUGUACGUAAUUUAGUUCAAGAAUUUUGUGAUCGUUUUCAACAGAAAAAGAAAAAAAUUGAUGAUGCUGUACCUAUGGAGACUGAUGCUGGAUCGAAAGUCAAUGAAAUUAAUCAAGAUGAAGAGGAAGAAGAGGAAGAAGAAGAAGAUUUCACAAAAGAUUCAGAUUAUGAUGGACAUCAACCUAGACCAGAUUAUAUUUUAUCUGCUGAAGUUUAUAAUCAUCGAAUUCAUGUACAGUAUGCAGAUAAUCAUUUAUUAACACAUAUAAUUGAACGUGAUCAAAUUGUUUUUUAUGAAGUACCUGAUUCAUUAAAAACACCAGAUAGCGAGAAGAUUUUAAUGCCUUGUACUUUUCGAAGUGAUUAUUAUAACGAAAAUUUUGGUUUACCUAUUUAUCUUAGUGUACCAAGACAUAAAUGUACAGGAAGAGAUAUUCAAGAAGCAUUGGAGAAACGAAUCGGUGAUUUUCUUCCAUUACCCCAAACGGAUUCAUUAGAUAAAUCAUUUUACAAUGCUAUAUUGAUAUUUAAUCAAAAUUAUAAUCAAAUAAACAAAUUAUUAAAAUCAUAUCUUGAUGAACAAAUUGAUUUUUCCCGUAAAAAUACAUCACUUACCGUUGAAGUUACAGGAUCUAUCGUUGAAAAAUAUAAAAAACAAGAAGAAGAAAAACGUUCGGAAAAAGAACGUACUUCAUCAAUGGCUUCUAGUAUUCAAACACGUAGUCAACAAAAACGAUUAACAACAUUAUUAGAUUGUUUUAAACUUUUCACAAAAAAAGAAACAUUAUCGGAUGAUGAUUUAUGGAAGUGUCCAAAAUGUAAUACAUUAAAAAAAGCUACAAAAAAAAUUGAUCUAUGGCUUUUACCUAAAGUUUUAAUUGUACAAUUAAAACGUUUCAAUUAUAAUCGUUUUUUUCGUGAUAAAAUCGAUUUAUUAAUUGAGUGUCCAAUACGUAAUUUAGAUUUAUCACAAUUUGUUCUAAAUCCAUCUGAAAGAAAAAAAGCAAAAUAUGAAUUAAUUGCUGUUAGUAAUCAUAUGGGUGGUUUAGGUGGUGGACAUUAUACAGCACAUGCAAAAAAUUCUUAUGAUAAAAAAUGGCAUACAUUUGAUGAUUCAUAUGUAUCAGAUAUUGAUGAAGAUCGUGUUAUCACACGAACUCUUGAUAACCGUUUGAGAAAUAAUUCAUUUCCAAAUAUUGGUACAACUUGUAUGAAUGAUGCACCAUUCUCAUCACAUAAAGAAUUAUAUAAAUGUGGUGAAGGUGAUAAAAGUUUUUAUGCACCAGUCGAUUCAACUGACUACAAUAAAUAUGCAAAAUGUUCAGAAUGUUUUACAAAAGCAUUACAGAUCUGCCCAAGUGAUUCAUUUGGACGACCACCAACACGAAAAACCAAAUCUGGCAUUGUGUUGUAUGAUCUAGAUGAUUUUUCAUUAAAUGAAUAUUUACUUAAAAGUCAUCAUGCUUUUACAGAUAACCGUUAUGGUGGUUUAACAUUUGGUGAACAAAUUGAAGAUGAUUACUUUAAUCGAAGUCAUGCUUUAGUUUGGUUUAAUAAUAAAGGUUAUCAUGCUUUGCCAUCAUAUUUAAAUGUAAUGAAUAAUUUAAUUCUUCGUUCAAAAAUUUCUGAUCCAGCAAUAGCUGCAAAAUUUGGUAUAUCAACAUAUAGUCAUCCAUUUACAUUAAAUAGUGAUUUAUUAUCUCAACAAUCUCUUGAACAACGUAUAUCAGAUUUUGGUGUUGCAAUUACUGUUCUAUGUGCAUAUUCAUUUGUACCAGCAGCUGUUAUUUUAUAUCUUGUACGAGAAUAUGUCACACAAGAAAAACGUUUAAUAUUUAUUUCUGGUGUUAAACCAUUAAUUUAUUGGUUAUCAACAUUUAUUUGGGAUUUAGUUUAUUAUUUAAUUUUAAUUAGUUUAACGAUGGCUUUGAUCAAAAUAUUUAAUAUAUCAGCAUUUAAUUCACGUGUUACAACAACUCAAGCAAUAUUUUGUUUAUUAUUUCUAUAUGGAUGGUCAUCAAUACCAUUAGUUUAUUGUCUUGUUCGAGUUUUUAAAGAUACAAGUACAGCAUUUAUGGCUGCAUUUUGUCUUUGGAUGUUUUCUGGUAUGUUAACAUGUAUAGCUGAUUUAAUGUUAACAUUAUAUGCAUGGGUACCUGGUAUAGUACGUGCUCAAUCGAUUUUAUCACGUUUUUUUCUUGUAUUUCCACCAUAUUGCCUUGGUUCUGGACUUGUUCAUUUGAUGCGUAAUGAAUUAAUGGCUGAUUUUGGUCGUACAGUCGAUGCUAAUCUUUAUGUAAAUCCAUUUUCAUUGAAACUUGUUGGUGAUCGAAUUAUAGCAAUGAUUCUAAUUGGUUUUAUUGCAUUAAUAGUAACAUAUGUACUUGAUUUAGAUAUUCGAUUGCCACAUUUUUUUUAUAAAAUUCCAGCACCAGAAACAACUAUGGAUGGAGAUGUCAUGGAAGAACGACAUAGAAUAUUACAUCCUAAUGAAACAAAUCAUGAUAUAUUACAAGCAAAAAGUUUAACAAAAGUUUUUCGACGUGCAACUGGUCAAUCAUUAUUAGCAGUUGAUCAUUUAUGUUUUGGAAUAUCUAAAGGUCAAUGUUUUGGUUUACUUGGAAUAAAUGGAGCCGGUAAAACAACAACAUUUAAAAUGAUUACUGGUGAUGUUCGUCCAACAAGUGGUGAUUGUUUUCUAUAUGAAAAACAAAUUCGUACUCAAGCAUGUGAACAUCCAGGUUCAAUUGGUUAUUGUCCACAAUUUGAUGCUGUUGAUGGUUAUUUAACUAGUCGUGAAGCACUUAUGUGUUAUGCAAAAUUAAUUGGUAUAACUGAUCGUGAACAUGUUGUUAAUUUAACACUAAAAAAAUUUCAUAUGGAAUCAUUUGCUAAUCGAAUUAUACGAACUUAUAGUGGAGGAAUGAGAAGAAAAUUAUCAGUAGCUGUUGCUAUGCUAGGACAACCAGAUUUGAUAUUAUUGGAUGAACCAACAAAUGGAAUGGACCCUGGAAAUCGUCGUAUCGUUUGGAAUAAUAUAAUUAAAGCUAAAAAACAAGAUAAAGCUAUUUUAUUAACAUCACAUUCAAUGGCUGAAUGUGAUGUUUUAUGCUCACGUUUAGCAAUUAUGGUUAAUGGACAAUUUAAAUGUCUUGGUACACCACAACAUUUAAAACAUCGUUUUGGUACCGGUUAUUAUUUAAAAUUACGUCUUGAAGAUGAAUCAUCAAUACAAAUAGCAUCAAAUAUAGUUCAUCAAUAUCUUCCAGAUUCAAAUAUGACGGAAAGACAUGGUACACGAUUAGAAUAUAAUAUUCCAAAAACAUAUACAUUAUCAAAAAUAUUUGGUUUUAUUGAAACAAAUAAAAACCUUAUGAAUGUUAUUGAUUAUUCACUUUCUCAAACAACACUUGAACAUGUAUUUCUUCGUUUUGCAAGUAAACAACGAGAUAAUUCUAUUGCUAAUCUUGAAGAUGUUAUUAUCGAUGAUACAGCAUCAAUAGCAUCAUCAACAGUACAUUCAUUUGUUCAAACUACUGAUAAAGGAAAUAAUACGUAUUCACGUCGUUCGCCAUCAUUUACACCAAAUCAAAAUGAUAAUUCAUCACAGACAGCAGCUGAUAUACAAGAACUACCAGUUAUUGAUAGUUGUACAGAUCUUGUGCUUAAUGUUGAUCGUCCACCUUCAUCAACAUCAAAUACAUCAUCUCAACAAGAUGAACAUGUCUUUCGUAUAUAA